UCAUGAUUAUUUGUUGUUGGCCAUGGUAUUAAAUGAAAUUUACUACAAAUAGACAUAGACAUAUCAGUAUUAAAUAAUGACAUCAACGGUUUCUUUUAAAAUGGCAGUCACCGCUUAUGCUAAAUAUGCUCUCGGAUUUACUGAAUCAAUGGAAGACGAUAUAUGCGUUCAUAAAAAUUGUUCGGGGAAUGGAUUUUGUCAAGAUGGACAGUGUAUAUGUUUGAUCCAAUUUACUGGUGGUUCAUGCCAAGAUGCAAACCUCGGAUACUUUAUGGCGUUUGGUACAAUAUUUGUUUUUCUAUGUCUAGUUUCAUUUGUUCAACUGUUUUUAUGUAUAAGCAAUGAAUACCAAAAGCAAAAGACGAAGUCUUGGAAAAAAGUUUUCAAAAUAACAGGUCCUAAACUGUUGUACAUAUUGACUAUCUUUGCAACAGCUAUCAGAGGUGUUUAUUUCUUUACAAAGAUGCACAUAUCGGAUCAAGCCUCAAUACAUUUGUGGAGUGCUUAUUAUCCUAUAUUAUUAUCGGGUUCAUCUUUAAUAGUAUGUUUCUGGGCAGAGGCAUUUCAUUUGGAGGGUAUUGACUGUGAUAAACCAAGAUUCCUGAGUAAAUCUAUUAUAGGAUUUGUUGUAUUCAAUGUCGUCAUAUUAGGAUUACUUGUCACACAGCUAAUUGCUACAGAUAUAGAUGACCCUGUCAUUUCGAAUAAUAUAUACAGAAUUUGCAAUGGCUGCGUUGGUUUGUUGCUCAUAAUUGCUGUUGUGUUCUUCCUAGUCUAUGGAGUUGAAGUGUACUUUAAGGUGCGUGGGGCUUUUAAUAAAACCCAAAGUAAUGUGGAUCCCUGGCAGUUACAUAUGUCUAGACUGGGUUUGAUAGCACAAGCAUGUCUCCAAUUACUAACUGCUCUGUUUCUUAUAUCCGAUGCUAUGAAAGAUAAUUGGAAGAAAAGCCUCCCAGUGUUUGAUCAAAACUUUUAUGACAUUGGAUUCAGAAUUGCCGAAUUUGGUGUUGUAUUAUGGUUUCCUUGUGUCCUUUGGAACUGCAAAAGUCCAGAAAGUUUAUGGGUACUUAAUCCACAGAAACUUUUCAAAACUUUGAAAAUUGACAGUUGUACACAAGAGGAACACACGGAGUCAACGAUUCGUCCAAAUUAUGGGACGAUAACUACAGAUAACAGUACAAAGCAAGAUUGUUGGAUAUGCUAUGAUCCAGAAAGAAUUGAUGCCGGAGAUUUGAUACAACCGUGCCAGUGUAAAGGGGAUGUUGCAUCAGUCCAUCACGAAUGUCUUCGCAAAUGGCUUAUGGAGUGUUCAGCCGAUGAAGAUGGUUUUAGAUGUAAAGUUUGCAAGAAUAAAUAUCAACUGAAGGAAACAUGGACGUUUGUCCCACGUUAUAUCAAGACACGGCAUUGGUUGCAAACAUUCUUGUCACUUGUUAUCAUGGUUGGUUGUCCAUUUGGAGCAUACACGCUGAUUCAUUCGGUAAUCACUGCAACAUACAUAGAUGUUCUGACAAUUGGCGUAUGUAUUUUGGUUGAACUGGGAUGUUUAAGGUUUUUAGCAACAAGUCUUGGUGUAUGUUAUAAACGAGGGCGGCUGUCAACAAUACGGAUACAAGGAAAUAAAACUCCAGAUAUUCAAACAAUCUUUACCCCAGCACAUCAAUCAGCCAAUCAAAUUUCACAAAACAUAGUGAACAGUAAUAUUUUAUCAACUGAUCAAAGAGGGUAUUCAUUUUCUGUUGAGGCAGUCGUUGAAACAAAUAAUAGAUAUAGUCGUCUUGAGUAGAUUGCCAAAAUGUUCAGUUUUGUGCAAUUAAUUUGAAGAUCUGGAUUUGCAACAGUAAGCUUUCAAGAAAGAUAUUUUAAUAUUAAAAUCUACACACGUUACAUCUGAAUAUUCAUUCAAUAGUUGGCUACAUAGCAUAAAGUAUACAUUUUGUAAUUUUUAUGUUUGUGGAUUACUUAUCCACAUUCGUAUGUGGACAUGUUAUGAAUCAAAUUUUGAACAACACCCAAGUAUCAAAAGAAUAAUCAAGUUAAUAAAAACGUACAAUCCUAAAAAUUAUAUGUUAUUCUGGAACAUUACAGAGGAUAUGGGCUCAUAUUCCUUGUCAGUGUUUUAUAUUUCCUGAGCCGUUAGUCGAAGUAUAGGGCACUGACAGGGAAUAUGAGCCCAUAUCUCAUAUGAAGCCCGAAUAACAAUCAUGUUCUACUGGAGUGUCCUGAUUUAACAUUAUCUACCAUUGUUAUCUUCGUUUUCGCUCACAGGGUAUAUGGGUUCAUAUACCCUGUCAAUGAAACCAAUCAAAUUGCAGGAUUAGCCGGAAUAUUUCACUCCAGAAUAAUAUAUUACCACUGAAAUUUAUGAAUAUUUUUUUUAAAUAUUAUUAACCAAGGUUUGUGCUGACUUUUCGGAAAAUAAAUCAUAGUCGAUUUACGUAUUUUAUUUCGAAAAUAUGAGUCAUAUCAGUAUGCGUGUCUAUGUUGGGAAGAUAUAUAAGAAAAUAAAAAGAUGAAGGGGUCAAUGUAAAAUCUCAAUAAAAAUUGUUAUAUGUAAGGAGUCUGUUUGUACAUAAUUAUGUGGAUAAAGAAAGUAGACAUUUCUUUUACAUUUCUUUUGAAUUGUGAGUCCUAGACUACAUUAUUUUUUUGCAUGUAUUGUAUUUAUUUGCCUAGCAUAAUGUUUUAUGAAAAUAUAGUUUGUUAAUAUAAAUUAAA